AUUAGACUAUUUCAUCUAAACAAGUAGAGAAUAAUAACUAGUUAUAAAUGAAAUUGUAACGAACAUAUCACCCUCAAUUUGUCAUAAUUUUGCCUAUUGUCCUCAUUUAAAAACCUUUUUUUUAAGUUCAUCUAAAAGUCAAAACAAUAUAAUUAUUAUUACCUUUUGAAGUUUAAUCGGGACAACUCUAUGCUUCUCCUCUCUAAGUAUAUAAAACAUAUCCUUCGUAUUUGACAUAUUUUGCGUCUAUAACCUUACGAAAAAAAAGCAUUUGCAAGCAGAAAUCUAAUGCAUCGUGGAUAAAUCUCAGCCGUUAAUAUCUUUCCGGCGUCGCUUCGAAUGAACGAUGACACGCGUCGAGUGUUUUAACCGUCUCCGUUGGAUUAUCUUCUUCCACGUGGCAAUCAUCCUACAGAGCAAAGCCAAUGCCCAAUCAUUCUCACCGAGUCCGCCUGAUUUGCAACCGGGUCACACUCCGUCGAAGACCACGGUCUUUACCGUUCUCGUCGCCCUCUUCUUCCUCACCGGAUUACUCUCCGUCUAUAUCCGCCAUUGCACUCGCUCUAACCCCGAUUCCUCCACCAGAUACUUCCGCCGCCGCGCUAACGACGACUGUUCACGGCGAGGCGGACUUGACAACGCCGUCGUCGAAAGCUUCCCUGUUUUCGCUUACUCCACCGUUAAAGAAUCGAAGAUCGGAUCCAAGGAUUUAGAAUGUGCGAUUUGUCUCAACGAAUUGGAAGAUCAUGAAACAGUGCGAUUGCUUCCGAUUUGUAACCAUUUGUUCCAUAUCGAUUGUAUCGACGCUUGGCUUUACUCGCACGCGACUUGCCCUGUUUGCAGAUCUAAUCUCACGGCGAAAUCGGAAAAAUCCUGCGAAGAAGACGACGGUGUUCCGAUAGCAGCGAUGAGAGAUCACGUCGUGAUUGAUAUUGAGACCGUUGAGGCAGCGAAGAGCCACCACCGACGGCUGAGUUCUGAAAUCUCCGGUAAGUUUCCGAGAUCGAAUUCAACGGGUCAUUCGAUGGAUCGAUUCAGUGACGGCACAGAGAGGUUUACUCUGCGGUUACCGGAUGAUGUGAAGAGGCAAAUAAUGGCGGUGAAAGGACGUAGGCUGAAACGAACGAGAAGCUUUGACAUUGAUUUGUCGGCGGAGAAGUAUUGCCGGAGCGGUGAGGAAAGCAGUUACAAAGUCGGGUCGGGUGAGAAGGCAGAUCGGGUCAACUGGCCGGAUCGAUGGGGUUUGACUUUGUUCGUUCCAAAGUCAAACUCGGGUUCCGUUAGAUCACAGAAAGCUAACGGUGAACCAUUGAAAUGACCCACGUUAUAUUCUGCCGUGAGCCUCGAUUUCAAGUGGUGAAAAAUAUAUGUUUUCUCUUAUACGAGUGGUAAAAAGUGAUUUUCACUGUGGUUUGUAAUGUUUUUGUGGUUUGUAAUUUUGUAUAUAGAAGAAAGGUCCAGCUUGUUUAGCAUCUCGCUAAAUACUCACUCUGU